AUGCAGCGCCAGGCCAGCAGUGCGGCGCCGCCAGGAGUGCCGCAUUGCCAGCCGCGCCACAUCCCGCCGCUUUGUAACCGCAGGGUUGCUGGAGCCAUGGGAACUGCACACCAGCGGCCUAGAGUUUCCUUGACCAAGAGUUCUGCUGGGGUUCUGAUCUGCAUCAGUGACGAGGUGAACCGUGAGCCACAUUUUUCGGACAUCUAUGCCAAGCUGUAUUCGAUAGUGUUGGGAACUUGA